AGCUGUAAAGAGAAUCAGUCGGUGACUCUGUCAGUCACAGUGAAUGUGAUGUACUUGAAACGGAUAGCGCGUUAAUGUCGUGAAGAGCUUUUUAGUCAUUAUUUUGUAAAUUUGUUUCUUGAUAUGAUACUAAAACAAUCAUGGACAGGAACCCCUGGGUUUCGACUCUAGCCAUAUUACUCCUGUUGGCACAGAAUUUCUCAGGCCAGAGGAUACUAAGAAAUGUUGAAAUACACAUAUGGGAGGGGAAUGUGACUGUAACCUGGGACCCCCCUCAGGAAAAUCCUGGGGAUUACCUCUACCAAGUUCAGCUGAUGAAUUAUGUUGAUUCUCCUAAUGUCUGGGUCAACGUUUCCCACUGUAAUCUAUUCAAAUCCACCAUAUGCAAUAUUGGAAACAUUUCAGUUAAAUCAGAAUUAAAAGUGCAAGUUGGAGUACUCAUGAAUCAAAGUAUGUCAUGGAGUGCUAAACGGCAUAUCAAUAUUCGCUCCAGUCAACUGUUUCCCCCAACAUUCAAACUGUCAUCCACCCCAGACUCUGUGCGAGUCAAGAUACACAGGAAACCCAUUCUUAAUGAGAUCUUUCCCUAUGGUUUGAAAUACAUUAUAGAUCUGUGGCAAAAAGGGCAAGAAAACCAGACACAGAUAAAAAGUGAUGACAGCGAAGAUCGUGAGAUAACUUUCUCCUCAUUAAGCCCACUGCAAGAGUACUGUGUGCGUGUGAAGGUGGAGUCUCUCUCAACUGAAGCUAGCAACAUCUCUUCUGUACACUGCGUAAAGCUACCAUUAGGUCCGAUAAUGUUGAUUACUUUUAUAUUACUUGGAGUGUUGGGCAUCGCAUUUUUUCUGAUGAUCACAAGUUAUUUCCUGAAACGACCCCAGAAAAUGCCUAGUGCUUUGAAGCUUGUUGUAGAUGCAUGGAAGCCCAUGAUUAUCAAAUCUGACCAAGUAGAGCCUGUGACAGACAAGGGAUGGAUGGUUUUCAGCAAUAACAUGGACACAAAAAAGGACAUUUCAUUUCCUGAGGAAGAUAAAGAGAGGAGAGGAAGCCUGGACAGUGGAGUGAGCAUCGAACGGCUGCCCCUGUCGGUCAGCGAUGCAAAGACUGAGGGACAAAUUGGGGAUGCAGUGGACAGUGGUUGUGAAAGUCUAAAUGAUGGAAGUGUAAAGAGAGUCAUGAGGCAAUUCUCCAAUCAAGAAAUACACUGCAGUGGUAAAAAUGAGGGGACAGAGGACAGCGGAUUGGGACUCAGUCAUCGUGAAGUUUCUGGUUCUCUAGAGGGGGAAGACACUGGACUGUUGUCUGAGGUAGUGGUUGGAGAUGGUUACCGGAGUCAGAGUCCCUCAAGUGUGGACACGCAAAAUGACUUGGACUUAAACAUGGCUGCUCCAGCAGCUGGUUAUAGGUCUAGUCACGUGAAAUGUACGUGUUCAGACCACGAAUACUGCAUUUGGUGCAAAUUUAAGAAUCCUUUUACUGGAGACUGUCAACCAGUAACUGAAUCACAGACAGACUUUAGACAAAAUGAUGAUGGUAACACUGUGAGUUCAAGCUACUUAAAGAAGGGUUUAAUGCAAACAGUAAACCUUUUAGAUAUGGAGAUAGUGACAGAGCCUGUUUUGUCAGAUAAUAAUUAUAGUGAGUCUUCCCUAAGUCUCAUGUCAUGUCCACUACUUUUGCAAAGUGAAAAGGAACAAGACAGCUUAAUGCACACAAGGACUUUCACACUUGAGAACGUGGAACUUACAUUUUCCUAAACUGUUUGACUUUGUUUCAAAAAAAAAAAAAAAAAAAAAGACUGGAAAAUCCUUAACAUUCACCUGGAUGGUCUCUGUACUUGAAAUGGACUACAUACAGAAUGGAUUAGUGUUAUUUUCACAUGUCUUCCUCAAAAUCUUAUUCAUUGCAUAAAUUUCAUUUUUUAGAACAUUGUAAGUCUGAUCAUCUUUAACAAAUGCAAAUAUGUUAAACUUCAACGUCAACUUGUACUGUACAGAUGGAAGAUGUUCUUCCCUAUAAAAUAAAAAAGAGAAUAUUAAUCAUAUGUUGCUCUUGA